UUAGACUAUUUACCAUUUUCACACACAUCAUAAUCAUAUUCAUUCUUACUACUUUUCUCAUGUUUCAACCACCAGAAGACAAUCAUUCUUUCGUUUCUCUAUCAAGCAUACAAUCAAGAGCGUCCACUCUAACCAAUAAUUCACGUAGAAAAACCAAGUUUCCUCAUCGUAUUAUUGAUAAUUUUCAAAAAUGGGCUUUUAAAUCGUCCAGUCAAAAAACGUCUCACACUUCAAGUAUAUCUUCAUUAAACUCAAGUCGUUUACCAAAUGAUAACGAAUUAAGUGACAGCUGUGACUUAACUUCUUUCACCAUAUCUGAACGUGAAGAAAGCAUUGUUUCCGAAGUAAUUCGUAACCGUAAGCAACUAGAAUCCUUGGUUUGUGGUCAUUCUGAUUUUGUUCGCAAUCACGACUCACUAUCUAUCGAUCCAGGUAUAGUUGUAGUUCUCUCUAACCAUCUUAGGCGUUGUUCACUGUUAUAUAUCGGCUUUGGAAAUGGCUGAACUGGAAUUACGAAGCCAAGUUCCUUUAGAUUCAAAUGGAAUGUUUAAAAUGGAACAAGUUAAUCAUUCCAAGAAUAAUCUGGGUCGGAUACUGAGCGUUCGUAACCCAUAUCGAAGAAUGAGACUACUUAGCCCCUCCCCAUGUGUUUUGGCUCCAAAUGGAAGAAUUUCAAACUCAAAUAUUGAAGAAGAUGCGCGACUGGGGUUUGCAAAUCUACCUGAACAGAUGCACAGGAAAGCUGUCAAGAAGGGCUUCAAUUUCACUUUGAUGGUUGUCGGUGAAAGUGGUUUGGGCAAAUCAACGCUAAUUAACAGCUUGUUUGUCCAAGAUUUAUACAAAGAUAGAGAAAUCAUUGAAGCAAAUAAUCGUGUUCAAAGCACAACUCAAAUUGAAAAACGUCAAAUUGAAUUGGAUGAGCGUGGAGUCAAGUUACGCCUUACUGUUGUCGAUACUCCCGGUUUUGGUGAUGCUGUGAAUUGCAAUGACUGUUGGAAACCAAUAGAAGAUUACAUAGACAGCACAUUUGAACAAUAUUUUAAAGAUGAAUGUGGUCUGAAUCGUAAAAAUAUUCAUGAUCAUCGAGUUCACUGUUGUUUGUAUUUCAUAUCACCAUAUGGUCAUGGUUUACGCCAAAUAGAUGUUGAAUUUAUGCGCCGUCUUCAACAUAAAGUCAACAUAGUCCCUGUAAUAGCUAAAACUGAUGCAUUGACUGCUAAUGAAUUACGUGCAUUUAAAGAACGCAUAAUGGCAGAUUUUGAUCGUUAUAAAAUUGAUAUUUAUCGUUUACCUGAAUGUGACAGUGAUGAAGAGGAUGAAAUCAAACGUUUAGAUAAAGAAAUCAAAGCUGUUCUACCUUUCGCUGUCGUCGGCAGUAAUUGUGUUAUCGAUUUAGAUGGUAGUCGUCGGGCUCGUGGUAGACAAUAUCCUUGGGGGUCAGUUGAAGUGGAGAAUAGUCGUCAUUGCGAUUUUACAAAGCUGCGUAUAUUUCUGCUAAAGACACAUAUGCAGGAUUUGAAAGAUAUGACAUUGGAUGUGCAUUAUGAAAAUUAUAGAGCAAAAUACAUUACUGAACGGAUGUCUAAGCGUCAAAGCGAUCGUCGUGAAGGUGUUGGUACUGGAGCAUUGGCAAGAUUAGAAAAAGAAGGUGGAACUGGCUUUGAGGCUAUUGUUGAUCAAGAUAGUUUACUGAAACAGAAAGAGGAAGAGCUUCAAAGAAUGCAACAACUAAUGAGUAAAAUGCAAGAACAGUUAAAACGUAAUACCAAUGUUGUACCGAACGCAUCAGUCGGUUUAAAUAAUGGUACAAGUAAUACUCAAUCUUCUCCUAUUCCUGCAACUGGUCAACAAGCUUCUUGAAUACAAAAAAGUAUAUAGGUUGUCUAGGAUUCAAAAUCCCGUUAUCACAUUUAUUUAUAUCUUAUUAUUUUGCUUAAAAUUCAGUCGAUUAGGUCGGAAUAUAGUCAAUAUGAUGUGCUAACAAUAAAUAUUUUGUCGUUUAUACUAAUAAAACUAUUACUUCUUUCUUUCUUUUCUUGAAUCCAUACAACAUAGUCUAAUUAAAUUGUUUGUGUCUACUUAUGUUUAUUCAAUUACCGGUUCCAUAUAAUUUUUUUUUAAUAAAAAAAACUAGACAGAAAUUUUCUUUCUUCUUUUUAUUGAACUUAUUACAUUACAUAUUCUCAGUUUUUAAUUAUGUUCACAUCUCAUUAAGAAUAAAGAUAGAACAAACUGUUAAUUUUCAAUUCUACUGAUGGUAUAUUGUUUUUUUUAAAUUAUCUCUCUCAAUUUUUGCAGUUCAUCAUAAAGUUCUCCCUUCUUUUCUGUUUUUUAUUAAUCAUGAAUGUGCAUUUUAUCUUACCUUUAUUAUAUAUUGAAUCAAAUCCAUUGAUUACUUCCUUUUCAUUUUAUUCAUCUAGUCUAGCUUAUUCGUGUUUUUUUUACUUUGUGGUUACAACAAUUCCUGUUACACUUUGUUAACCAAAAAUUAUAUUAUUUGAUGUGAAAAACAAACUUUAUAUUUUUUAUCUGUGUACGCAUUUUCAUACUUUUUGUUAAAUUUUGUCUUUUCACUUCAUUUUAUUAUUUCGUCUAAUUACUUAAAAAAAAUGAGGUGAAUAAACCAUGCCUAUCACAAUGUCAAAUAAUUGUCAAUGUCCUAAAAAUACUUACUGUGCUCAGUUAUUUUUUUUGCUGUGUCAAGUGGGUUAUUUUUUCCUCUUUAUGUACUUAGCUGUUUAGAAUUGACGAUUUUGUGUAAAAUAUUUAUGUAUGCGUAAUUAGUAUCUCCCACUUUACUUAAUACCUAAUCAGGAAAGUUUUGAGAAGCUAAUUUUUGGUCAUUUGUAAGAUAUUACUGUUUCACCAUUUCAAAUGUCAACCAAGAUUAAAAGUUUCUGGAUAAUG